AUAGGCUAUAUUAUAAAGCUGCAAGUUAGGUUAAAGAUAUUGAAAUUUUGAAAUGAGAGACAUUUUAACAUCUAUUUUCUCAAUCAUCUAUUGGGACAAUGCCACAAAAAUUUGUUAUGUGCCACUGCGCAAUCAUAAUAUCUUAUCUACUUAGGAAAAUUAGUACACAGACCUACAUGUAGAUAUUAUAAAGUCAAUUAAUCAAUUCAAACGCUAAUGGGUCAAAGUGUUCAUUGCUUGUAACAAUGAGCAGAACACCGAGGGUAUUGUGUCACAGCUGACGUUAGCUAGCAUCGCAGCCGGCUUUACCGAUCAAUACCGCGUUAUCAACAUAUUUCACUCAGUGUGGGUGUUUACAUGCGCGCCGCGUAGUACUCCCACUGCGUUUAAAAGGGUUCGACGCGAGUGAGUGAUAACAUCAAGACGCAAUAUCAGAGAUGUAAACCGCUAUGCCUCUGCCCGAACUCAUUAAACGCGCUUCGAGCUACUUCCUCGGCCUCGAGUUCGAAGAUAACGAGGAACCCCCCGAUUACGUGGACAAUGAAAUUCUAUUUUGCAAGAACAACGUGUGCGUCCAUCCACCGACGAUCGCGAGGCACGAAUUGGACAUCGUACACCAUCCGGGCUACUUGACGGUAACAACAAAAGUGUUUACAGACCAACACAACAAAGCCAAGCGACCAACGCUGUUCCUUAACUGGAUACCAAACUCGACUCUAAAAAAAUGUCCUUCUGCCGUCGAAACCAGCCCCAGCGACGAACUCUGCUGCGGUGUCAAACCUACCAACCCGCAGGACAUUCCACGGCAAAAAUCUCCUCCGGAAAAGACGAGGAAGUACGCAAAUAACGAAAACGCAUUUUCGGACUCGUCAGACACAACCAGCAUUAAUUCCAAUUCAGAUAAACAGAGCAUUAAAUCUAGUGACACACGGUACACGCAAAACGAUACGACACAGGAAUUAUCCUCAAGUUCGAAGCCAACAGUAAAGUCAGCGGAUUCCAGUAAGGACGAAGUAUUUGUGUCAUUAGAUAAAGAAGACUCCAAGGAACCAGUAUAUGAAUUUGAUCGGCAUGUGCGCUCGCAGUCAAUGACAUCAGUUAACAUUACAAUCUCCAACCCCAAUGUCGAGAACGUCGACCUGACCCCUGAUUCAGUUUCUGGGAGCUUUAUGCGAUCUCUGUCCUUGAGUUCAUGCGACGAGGGUAACCCUAAUUGGAUGAGCACGCCAGAAUUCUUGGCAUUGAAACACAAUCUGGUGUUUCCGGACAGCGUCCACAGUUCGCCUGUGCCGCAAAGACGGCAACCUUUAAAAUGUCGAAGGUUCUCAGUAGACCUCAGUCAGAUGAGGUCUCUACGGCUGUUCUUCAACGAUGACAACUGUACGUGCGGGCAACUGGUUGUCGCGUCGCGGGAGUCGCAGUACAAAAUACUGCACUUCCACCACGGAGGGCUGGAUCACCUCGCUCAAGUGCUGCACAGGUGGCAUUCAUUGCUGCACAACAUUAAACUCACUCCAGCUUUUUCAGGCUCAGAGGAACCUAAUUUACCGUAUCGACACUUCAUGGUGUGCCGACCUGAGGUUCAAAAAUCCGAACAGCACCCAGAAGAAGGAAAACCACCAAAAAUAACACCCGAACUUUUCUAUGGCAAAUUCAUGAACGCCAAAGGGAUCAUUGAAGAUGAUUUGUUUCUAAGAAAAUGCGUAUUUUUCGGAGGACUAGACAAAGAGCUUAGGAGGGAAGUUUGGCCAUUCCUUCUACAUUGCUACCCGUACAAUUCUACUUACGACGAAAGAGAAGUAAUACUUCAGAUCAGGACAAGAGAGUAUGAGGAAGUGAUGAGGAGACGGUUAGAAAAAAUGACGCCGGAACAGCACGCAGUGUUCAGGAAAAAUGUUCAAAGCGUUAUCGAGAAAGAUGUAGUGAGAACUGAUAGAGGAAAUCCGUUUUUUGCCGGCGAAAACAAUUAUAAUGUGGAGAUUAUGAAGAAUAUUUUAUUGAAUUAUGCUGUCUACAAUCCAGCAUUAGGGUAUACGCAAGGCAUGAGUGAUCUUCUGGCACCGGUUCUCUGUGAAAUUAAAUGCGAAGCGGAAGCAUUCUGGUGCUUUGUUGGCCUCAUGCAGCGUGCAAUAUUCGUGUGUACACCCACCGAUAACGAUAUGGAUAAUAACUUGAGCUACUUGCGCGAGCUGAUAAGGAUCAUGCUGCCACAUUUCUACAAGCACUUAGAGAAACACGUUGACGCUAUGGAACUUCUCUUUUGUCAUCGAUGGAUUUUACUGUGUUUCAAACGCGAGUUCACCGAAGCGGUGGCCUUGCGUAUGUGGGAAGCAUGUUGGGCCAACUACCAGACCGACUACUUCCAUCUGUUCCUCUGUCUCGCCAUCAUUGCCGUGUAUGCUGAUGACGUCAUCGCACAGGACCUCAACACUGACGAGAUGUUGCUUCACUUCAGUUCAUUAGCGAUGUAUAUGGACGGUCGACUCAUACUGCGAAAAGCUCGUGGUCUACUCUACCAAUUUAGGCAAUUGGUCCGUAUUCCUUGCACAUUAGUUGGGAUGUGCCAAAGAUGCGGUCCCGGUAUAUGGGAUUCCACGCAUAGGCCCAGUGUCGAGUGUACGGGCGCGCAUGACUUUUGUGAAUACGCUGUACAGUAAAGUAAUUUUGUAUAACGAAAUACAUAUCGAUAUUUUGAUAUAACGAUUUAAAACUAUUCUAUAUUACAACCAUAGCACCAAUAAUGUCACUGGGUACAAAAUAAUAGCUCGUUCACAUAGGCUGCGUAAGCGUUGCGUAAACGUAGACGUAGCGCGUACCAUUGCGUUGUAAAUUGUAAUGGGAACUGUAUGAAACAUCGCACACCGCUUGCGUAAAGCGUGGACGUAUGCGGUGUGUUAGGGGUUUACGCGCGUCACUACGCACGUAUCACGUGUACGCAAUUGGUGUGAAUCGGCCUUAAAUGAAAACGCGUAUAAUUCACGUGUACCACAAUGUGUAGGUCCGCAUUCAAUGGCUGUCACGUUUAGUAAACGCGUUAUCAAUAUCAAGCAUACAUUAGCCAUCAACGCAAACGAUCCAUUCGUGGCACUCGUACCAUUCUUAGUAAUAGGUAAUUUGCGGUUGCGACCUCCAACUGCCUGAAGUUACUUAUAUGUUGUUGAAGUUUGCACAAGACCACUGUUUAGCGCAAUUUUUGUCGCUUUAGUUGGUCUUUUUAAAAAGACUAUAGAAUUAUUAUGGAUAGUGGAUACGGUAAAUAGAUUUGGCUAAACCUUCUAGCAAGAAUACGAUCCAUGCUUUAGAUACAAAACUCUGAGCCUUUUUUGUGCCCAAAUCGAUAUGUAUUUUGAUAACAGCCGACCGAAGAUUCCUAAACUCCUGGUCUGAGUUAAAUAUUUAUUUUAAAUAAUUAUAAAUAUGUAGUUUUUAUAAUUCUUCUAGUCAUGUUUUAAAUUGUUGAUAUUUGAUCUCAGCCAAAUAAAAUAUCAGUUAAACAUCUUGUAUUCUUUUUUCUUUUAACGAACAAAGAAUCCAAAAUUGAGCUCCAUGUCAAUUUAAUAGAAAUGUAAAUAAAUUUAAAAAAUCUUUUUGAAAACAUCUUAGAUAAGCACUUAUUGUAGUUAUAACUGAUAUAUUUAUAACUUCUUAAACAAGAGACAUGGUUUUAUAUAAACUGUAAAAUAUAAAGCGUUUAUUACUUAGAAGUAACAAUUUAAUAAUUAAUUACAAUGAAGAUACCUAUGCAUAGUUUAACGAAUAUUUAUUUACUGUUUUAAAGUUAAUUAUAUUUAUGAGUAAAAAUUAAUAUUUUAAAUGUAGAUAACAUUAUUACAUGCACCAUCGUUACAUUAGAAUGGAAACGAAUAAUUUUAAUCAAAAUGAGCAUAAUUUUUGGACAACUUAUAACGUAAUUAAAUGUUCGUAUUGGCGUUUAUAAUGAACAUAAUAUAACAGUACAAAAGACAGUAUUAGUAGUAUUUAAUAUUAGUUGUUUGUACUUACAUAAGCUGUGUUUAUAAUUUGUAUUUUAGUAAUAAUC